AUGUCUUUAUUAUCUGCGCACUUUGAGCAGAUCCAGAUAUCAUGCCAAGGCAUUGACAGUCUCCCCUUUCCCCGGCCAAAGAUCUUCACAAAUGCCCUGCUGUCAAAUCACGAUAUUACUUCGUUAAUCCGCGACACUGAGACGCAUGAACGAGCCUUAUUCUCGGUCCCACCUCCACCUCCGCAAGCCACUACUCAGGAGCCAGAACUCCCGAAGCAAUCAUCACGACGACAGACCGUGUUCAAUGUUGCUUCAGGCGAGGUUACCACUUCCGGAAGUACCACGGGCAGGAACGUCGGUGCGCCAAGGAGGCACACUGCCGUCGCUGCCGUGCUGGGCGGGGAUCUGCACGACCAGAUACGCAAGAGCGAAAGAGGGCGGAACAAAGACACCCUUGACAUCGAAAUACUAUUAAGGGGCGCCGAGAAGCUGUGCACUGUGUAUCCCCUACCGGGCGCGCUCGAGAGGAUACCUGUACAAAGGAGCAAGUAUGCCCAAAACUUGAGCACCUUGGCCUAUUACGAAGCCAAAGUGGCCGAACAGACUGAGGCAUUGGGCCGCAUGAAUAAGGACAUGUGGAGCGAAGAAGAGGACGACGAAGAGCCGGAAGAGGAAGGCAGCACAAUCCUCACCGAAGACGAUCUCCGGCGGGAAGAAGACGAAGUUAGGGAGUUGGACGGGAAGAAGAGAGAACUACAACGGCGACUAAGAGCUAUGGAGAAAGAUCUUGCUGGACUGCAGGGCAUGUAG